AUGAACAAGUUUUUGGUUUUCGCAAGUGUUCUGGUUUGCGCCUCCGCAGACAUUGGACUUAAAAUUAGGGAAGGUACUCCAGCCGGAAGUUACUUACCAGGAUCUCCGCAAACCUACGGAUCCGGAUCCAACUCUUACGGUUCUUACAGCAAUGGUCCACAACAAGCGCAUUACGCUCCAAGCGGAUACUCCGGUUCCAGCAACUACCAUGGAGUAGCUCCACAGGGAAGCAGCGGUUACACCUCCUAUGGUAACGCUCCACAAUCCAGCUACAGCUCUUACGGAAGUGCCCCACAAUACAGCUCCUACGGUGGUUCUGCUCCACAAUACGGUGGACACUUCGUUCAACAGAACUUUGCCGGAGUCCCACAAGCCGUACAACACCAUAAGUCCUUCUUCUUCGACGCCCCAGAGAAUUUGGGUGAAACCCAUGUUCGCGUCCACGUGCAACCAUCCGCCGCCGCCGCUGACAAUACCAUUUACAUCAAGGCUCCAUCCUACAACUCCAGGGUUGUCCCACACUUCAACAUCGCUCAACAGCAACAAUCUGCUGGCAAGACCAAGGUCAUCGUUUUGGUGAAGAAACCAGAGGAGCAACAAGACAUCGUAGUCCCAGCCGCCGUCCAAGGACCAGCCGCCAAACCAGAAGUCGUCUUCGUCAAGUACAGCAACCAGCAUGAGGCCGAACAGAAGAUCAGAGACAUCCAAGAUGGUGCUUCCAGCGGAGACAGCGCCAAGGUCGUCUACAACCACCGCGAGUUGGUCAGUUCCAUCAAGGAUGAACCAACUCAUCACGACAUCUCCUACGGUGGUCCAUCAACUGUAUACGGCGGAGUUGGUUCUUCCGGACAUUCCAUCUCCACCCUUCCAGGUGGUAACCAGCACCACGAGACCCACUACGGCCCAGCCGGCGCGAGUGGCCCAUACUAA